AUGGCUGGCGGAUCUCUGGCUGGAUGGAGUCUUUUUAAAGCGCUGCUUGGAGUGCUGCUUCUAACUUUGGUGCGUUGCUAUAACAUUGAUCUGGAUCACCCUAUUGUGUACCAAGGUCCCAAUGGCUCGUUUUUUGGAUAUUCUGUUCUAGAGCAUUACCAUGAUGAUACAAGAUGGAUACUGGUUGGCGCUCCAAAAGCAGAUUCGAAAUUUAGCUCAUCCAUGAAGACUCCAGGAACGAUCUUUAAAUGCAGAGUUCACAGCAAUCCAGACAAGAAAUGUACAGAGUUGGAUAUGGGAAGAGGAAACAGUCGGGGGGAUCCAUGUGGAAAGACAUGUAAAGAGGACAGAGAUGAAGAGUGGAUGGGGGUUAGUCUGGCGAGGCAGUCCAAGCCUAAUGGCAGUGUUUUGGCAUGUGCUCAUCGCUGGAAGAAUAUUUACUAUGAAAGUGAUGUUAUACUUCCUUACGGGUUCUGUGUCAUCCUUCCACCAAACCUGCAGGGCAGUGGAAGAAAGCUUAUGCCUUGUUAUGAAGAAUAUAAAAAGAAAUAUGGAGAAGAACAUGGUUCAUGCCAAGCUGGAAUUGCAGGAUCGUUUAUGGAGGAUCUAGUUGUAAUGGGAGCUCCGGGAUCCUAUUACUGGACUGGAACAGUUAAAGUAUUGAACAUCACUGACAACACAUACUUCAAGCUGAAUGAUCAACAUGUCACUGCUAAACGCUACACAUACUUAGGGUAUGCAGUCACAGCUGGUCAUUUCAUUCAUCCUACCACUGUAGACGUAGUAGCCGGAGCUCCCCAAGAUAGAGGUAUCGGAAAGGUCUAUAUUUUCAAGACAGAAAAACGAUUACUUGAGAAGAAAUUUUAUGUUUCUGGGAAAAAGAUGGGCUCUUACUUUGGCUCCUCCUUAUGUGCAGUUGAUCUCAAUGCUGAUGGCCUAUCAGACCUCUUGGUGGGGGCACCCAUGUUCUCAGAGGUGAUGGAUGAAGGACAAGUGACUGUUUACAUCAACAGAGGAAAUGCAGUAAUGGAAGAACAAAUUGUGUUGAAUGGUGACAAUGCAUACAAUGCACACUUUGGAGAAAUCAUAGCUAACCUUGGGGAUAUCGAUGAUGAUGGUUAUCCAGAUGUUGCGAUUGGAGCUCCAAAGGAAGACGACUUUGUGGGUGCUGUUUACAUAUAUCAUGGUGAUGCAAAUGGAAUUGUUCCUCAAUAUUCAAUGAGGAUAUCUGGAAGAACAAUUAGCCCAGCUUUAAGAAUGUUUGGACAGUCAAUUUCUGGUGGUAUUGAUAUGGACAAGAAUGGCUAUGCAGAUGUGACCAUUGGGGCUUUUAUGUCAGACAGUGUUGUACUGCUAAGGACAAGACCAGUCAUUACUGUGAAGGUCUCCAUAUUGCUGCCAUCGUCCAUUAAUAUUACUGCACCACAGUGUCAUGAUGGUACACAACAUGUGAGCUGUGUCAAUAUUACUGUAUGUUUCCAAUUCUAUGGCAAGCACGUUCCUGGAGAAAUAGGUUUAACCUACAAUGUGACCGCUGAUAUUGAGAAGAAAGAAAAAAGCCAACAGCCCAGGGUGUUCUUGGUUUCACCAGGAGAAACUGUUGCUCAUAUUAGUGAGAAGAUACAGCUCACUCACAUGAAAGAGAAAUGUGACCAGUAUCUUGCACAUGUAAAG